CGCGUUCUUUGUGGGAAAAGGCGAACUCGUUACCCAACGCUGCCAUGUGGGUUCCCGACGGUGCGACGUCUCACUGGACUCACCCGAGUGCCCUAUUUUGGGAAUACCGACGCUUGUUCCGUUGUCGGGACCAAUUUUGUCAGUCCGUCGGCGCAUACCACACCGUGUCGAGCUCUGGCACGUUCCAUCCCGGGGGAACCAACAACCCGACCAGUGAACUUUUAACUCUAACCAAGAAUGGUGCGAAGAACAACGAGAUCGGCGGCCAGUUUCGUCCUGGUGAUGGUUGCCAUAGGUACUACCGUAUGUCCUCCAGCGAGCUCCUUCGUCCUUCGGCCGUGUCGAGUGUUGUUUCCGGCGAACGCGCCUGCUUGACGGACCGCCACGGCGGCACCGCACCAGCCAAAAGCUCCGUUACCGUAAUUGACCCGGUUACCGACUGUGAAGUUGUCCUCCUGGGUUGCUUUCACGGGGCUCCGUCGUCCAGUGCGGAUGUGGAGGCGUGCUUGGUGGACACCGAUGCGCACCACCAACCCAAUCCGACGGACGUGAUAGUCCUCGAGCUCUGCGCCACGCGCUUUACGGAUCUACGACGAAAUGUCCUGGCUGUGGACGAAAAGAACAAUGCCGUUCCCACCGAUUCGGCGUCUUGGUGGACUUGGUUCGUGGGUAUGGUCCGUCAAACGGGAAAGACCAGGGGUUGGUCGACCGGACUGGCAGCCGCCAUUCUAGGUGUCGUGAGCGGUAUGCAAACCGCCCUCUCGGGUUUAGAACCCGGUUUAGAAUUCGCUACAGCGUUCCGGAUUGCGGCCAAGCGCGAGGUCGAUAUCGUAUUGGCGGAUCAACCCGUCGAAGAAACCUUGACUCGCAUUGGAAAUUUGCCUCGAGGGAGUCUGGAAUUGUGGAAAGACUGGUGGCACAACGGAUGGGAGAAUUCCUUCGGUCCGGAAGCCAGCUCGUUGGUCACUGCCUUGGCGGGCGACACUUCCAACGCGGUGCCGCAAGUCACCCUCUGGGGAUUUUUGACACGCAGCGAAGCAGCCUUACGAGAUCUAGCGCGAUUGAUUAUUCCUCCGUUCGUCGUGCUGCAGUCAAUGGUACUCGUCAUUGAUCAAGCCGCUGAGUCACUGUUCCCGGGAAACUUGGAAUUGACGACCGUACCGGAAACGGACAGUCUAGCGACAGUGCUAGUCGUGAUCUCGGCCAACGUGAUCAGUCUUGCCCUAGGGUACGUGGCGGUCGCUUUGCCUGCCGCCAAGGUCAUCUUGCGGGAACGAGACGACACGUUGACGGUCGGUAUUCGGGAAGCCUGUCGUGUGGCCCAGGCAUCCGCUGCCGCAGAGAACCGACGUGGUCGUGUAGUGGCGGUGUUGGGACUCCUCCACGUGAACGGUGUCGCUCAGCGCCUUUCCAAAAAGUACGCCACGGUGGAACACCAGAGUAUUGAUAACCUGUCCGGUCAAGUCCCGACGACGCCCCUGGUGGAAAACGAGAUUUCUGCUACUGGAAGGCAGCGAACGCGAGAUAGGUAGAGAAGCCGCAAACUGUGCUUUGUAGCUCUUCCACGCCUCGGGACCACAAUGGUGAAACUACAGAAAUGACAUAAUAUUAAUGUACCGAAGUGUUCUUUC